UACUCGCGUCUGGGAGUCUGCAGUCACCCAGGGCUCGGAGGGACCACAGCGGAGUGUCCAUGGCCACCACAGGGGAGGAGCAAGGAAAGGUGUGGGUUUUUGGUUACGGGUCCCUGAUCUGGAAGGUGGACUUUCCCUAUCAGGACAAGCUGGUCGGAUACAUCACAAACUACAGCAGGCGCUUCUGGCAGGGCAGCACGGACCACCGCGGGGUCCCUGGCAAGCCAGGCAUGGUGUGUAUUCUUUUCAUUUUUCAACAGGGUUGUGUAUGGGGUGUAGCUUACAGAUUGCCAGUAGGAAAGGAAGAAGAAGUAAAAGCAUACCUUGACUUCAGAGAGAAGGGAGGCUACAGGACCACAACGGUCAUUUUUUAUCCAAAAGAUCCCACAACAAAACCAUUCAGUGUGUUGCUAUAUAUUGGAACAUGUGAUAAUCCUAAUUAUCUUGGUCCUGCACCUCUGGAAGACAUUGCCGAACAAAUUUUUAAUGCAGCUGGUCCAAGUGGAAGAAAUACAGAAUAUCUUUUUGAACUUGCAAAUUCUGUUAGGAACCUUGUGCCAGAAGAUGCAGAUGAGCAUCUUUUCUGUUUGGAAAAAUUAGUAAAGGAACGUUUAGAAGGAAAACAAAACUUCAAUUGCAUAUAAAGACCUACUUACUGACUUUUCCA